AUUCAUUUGUCAUCCAGCGCUCUCAUCACGUUCUUCAUCGUCUCAGUAACAGACAAUCAUGUCAGCCUUGGCAACUGUGAAUGUUUCGCCCUAUUGCAUGCAUCAAACUGCUAACCAAAAACGAUUCACUACUGCCGCAAUUGUCAAGUCCCCUUCCUCUCUAGGAUCUGCGAAGAAUGUUUCGCGAUCUUUCGGCUUGAAGUCAUCCUCUUCAUCUAGGAUGAUUGCAAUGGCCGCUUACAAAGUUAAGCUGAUUGGUCCUGAAGGACAAGAAAAUGAGUUUGAGGCACCUGAUGACACUUACAUCUUAGAUGCAGCAGAGAAUGCAGGAGUUGAACUUCCAUAUUCGUGUCGUGCUGGUGCGUGCUCUACCUGUGCUGGGAAGGUUGUUUCUGGUUCCGUAGAUCAGUCUGAUGGCUCAUAUCUCGACGACGGUCAAAUAAAUGAAGGUUUUGUGCUAACCUGUGUUGCCUAUCCAACUUCAGAUUGUGUUAUUCACACGCACAAAGAAGGCGAUCUCUAUUGAGAAUUUCUGCCAGAAACUCGUGCACUUGCUGGAGGAGAUUUGGAGUUUUAGGACAUUGCAGCCAAACCUGGUUUGUUCAUCUUAUAUGGGAUUUUAUUAUGUUGGAUAAUAGAUUUUUGUUUGUGCCAUGAAAGCUUUGUUAAUUUGUUAUUUGAGAUUUAGAUGAUAUUCACUGUUGCUUGAAAAAUUAACUACUCAUAAUA